CACACGCGGGUUUAGGUUUUGUUUUACCGCUUAACCGCAUUGGCUGCUGCGUGGUCCAUUAUCUUUCAAGGCUCGGCUAAACUCCGAUGGUCAUUUGGCACUGCUGACGGAUACGGAGUUGAUUGAUCGUGGAUCGUGGAUCGGGACGCGUCUCGCGAGUCGUGGAGUUGUGCUGAGAGUAGUGCAUUGUCCUUCCAUCGUGUCCCUGGCGGACGAUCGUUUGCCCCGUCAAAAAGUUUUGACGAGGGUACAAAAGAUUUGAGGUGCAACGACGAGUCGCAUCAGUUGAGAAGUGUGCCAAGUAUUUUUGUUUUUUUUGGCGAGAUUCAAUCAAGUGUUUUUAAGGCAUCGGUUUGAACGUUUUUCUUGUUGCCAAACGAGAGACUUCACGUGCCGCCUGAAUGUUGCCAUUGGAGGCGUGAUAAUAAAUAUUACGUAAGGCUAUUUUGACUGCUGGCAAGCAGGAGAGGAGAAGUGAAACGAUUAAAAAAAAAUAAACCAGUGAAACAGUAUUACUCAAUGAAAGAGGCCUGUUCCGGCUGCUUUGUGAGCCUUCAUUUUCGAGUGCACUGUGCCAUCGUGUUUCGGUGAGGGUCUUUACAUGGUCCAAAGAAAGAGAGCGAAAAGUGCAGUGAUGUUAUGAAGUGAUUCAUCUCAGCAGCUGAUUGUCAGUUAGUGCAAAAAAAAAAACGGUGGACAACCGAAGUAAAGUGAAACAAAAAAUAGGUGAACGAAUCUUCAACACUGAUAGCGGAGCAGAAUUGGUGAAGCAAAAGGCGCAAAAAAUGGCCCCGAUCCGUUUUAUGUCCAUGACGAUCAUUGUUACAGUCCUCAUCGGCGUGUCGCCGAUAUCCGGCAGAAGCAGCAACGGUACGGUUGACUAUCGUCACCCACGGCCGUCACGGAACCGGACCUGUACGGACAAGUACUGUCACCGGGAAGAUCUGACCGAGGAACCCCUGGUAACCGGUGGUAGUCGGGCUUUGCGACAGACGGAAAUUUUGAAACAUACCUCGGUUAUCUACGGUUUGAUUUCGAUAGCCGAACCCGAGGAGCUGUCGGAAACGUGUUACAGCGAGCUGCAGCAGAUAUACGAGGGCAUUCAGCAGAAGGAGAUCUGGGCACUGAAGGUACUGGACGCCUCCGGAACACAGGAGCCAGGCUUCAUGUGGGGCCACAACCACUGGAUAGGUUCGGAGAAAGGUUGCGAUUCGGCACGAUCGCCGCUGUCGAUCACCCUGUCCGAUCGUUAUCGGCGCAACAUGAAGCCCAAUUUGGUGACGGCCUUGGCUCCGUUUGACGUCAACUAUAGAAUGGUCCAUGCCCGGCAUCAGUCUGCCUGGCAGUUGGAGAUGAAAUUUCUGAGUGAGAACAUCCUGCACAUUGGUUUGUGUGUUCCGCAAUCCUGUUCCAACGGGGAGUUGUUCAAUUUAACGACUCGGUACUUCGACGAGCGGGUCAUCAAUUCCCAGGAUGUGUACGAGUUCAAACCCGAUGUGCUACAGGUCAAAGACAUGAAACUGGCGGAAAACUUUUGGACUAAGCCAAGUGUGAUUGUGAUCAGUAUUUCGCUGGCUUUGACGGCGCUUUUGGUCUAUUUGGCGCAGAGCCGCGAACAACAGCCCAGUGAAAGAAGCGAUAGCUCAUUUACCACCAGGACGGAUAAAAACGAUUCAACGUACAGUGCGGUACCGAAUGGAACUAUCGGUAGUUACAUGCCAUCCGAUGGCAGCUUUCCAUCAUCAGCCCCGAACGACGACGAGCGGAUGAAAGAAACCCAAGUUCAACCGGCACCGGUGGAGCCCAAAGUGACCUCGUUCACUGCCAAGGUCAUCAACAGUUUUAACCUGCGCCGUAAUCUCAACACCGUGUUUCGCACCGACGUUGGUCCCCGGUCAUUGCCCGUAAUCUGUGGAAUCAAGUCCAUCUCCUGCUUUCUGAUAUUGUGCUUCCACAUCCAAUGGUACACGUUUUUCACCAUCAACAACUCGGCGGUCAUGUUCCACUACGCCGAACAGAUCCGCUAUCAGCUGGUCAGCAAUGCUCCGUUGCUGGUCGAUGCGUUUUUCGCCAUCAGCGGUUUCCUGGUCACGUACAAUUUCAUCCAAAAUCGCGAUCGGAUAGAGGAGAUCAAGGUCAACGGUUACUGGCAGAAUGGGAAACUGUACGGCAAAAUGGUUAUCCAGCGAUAUCUGAGGCUAUCUCCCCUGUAUCUAAUGAUCACGGCGAUCGGUGAGUUGAUGACAAGCUACCUGGUAGACACAUCCAAGUUUUGGGUUCACGAGCGAAGUGAUCUCUGCUGUCAGCGCUAUUGGUGGCGUAACGUGCUCUACAUCCAAAACCUCUUCGACAUCGACGAUCUCUGUCUGAACUGGACCUGGUCAUUGGCCUGCGAGAUGCAGUAUUACAUCAUCUCCGUCGGACUUCUCUUCGUCUACGCCAGGAACGCCAAACUGGGCAAAUCGAUCUACGUGCUAACGGCGGUAGCUACGUUCGUGUUCAAUAUGGCCGUUACACUGAUGUAUCACUUUGUGCCAUCGUAUGACGUACUGUACAAUACCGGCAGUGCGCUGUACAUUGCCCCCUGGAUCAGAGUGUCCCCCUACGUGGUCGGGGCUUACUUUGGCUGGUUACUUUCGGCAACUCGUGGCGAACUGUCAUUCACCAAGGAACAAUAUCGCAAGUACUGGGUCUUAGCAUGCAUCGGUUUGCUGGUGAGUAUGCACUGCACAGUGAAGCGAGAUUUUCCAUUUCCGCUUGCGUCAACCGUGAUGGUUGUUGUGCGGAUCAUAGUAGCCUGGGCGACCUGCUGGAUCAUCGUUGCCAAUGCCACCGGCUAUUCGAAUGCAGUUAUCCGGCUUCUAUCGUCGAAAUUUUUCAUUCACAUCAACAAGCUAACCUACGGAAUCUAUCUGAUCAAUCCGCUGAUCAUCACGGCCAUUUUUGGAUUCUCCGAUGGUAGCGUUAAUGCGGAUCCGAUUCUGGCGAUCGUCAUGGCACUGGGUGUCACGUUGCUGUCCUACGUCGCUGCAGUGGCCUUCACGGUGCUGUUCGAGAUCCCUUACUGCACGAUUGCGAACGAAAUUCUGAAGCUUAAAAAGAAACCGCCGUUGGCAGCGACGACGUGCGACCCGGCGACGGCACCAUCGUCCUCAAUAUCUCAGGGAAAGAAAGUGGAUUGAGUGGAUGCUAAUUAUUUCCUCCGGCUCCGAUCAGGUUGCACAGACCAAGACCAAGCAUUUCAUAUUAGAAACACUUUUUUUAAUAGAAGUAGAUUGCUGAUUGAGAAAAUUCGGAGCUUACGACACUUGUGACAAAGCAAGAAACAAUUUUAGAGUUAAAUGUUGUGAUAACCAAUUGUUUUUUUUGGGACAAAUUACAUUUUUAUACGUAUGGGUAUUGUGUACUUGUAACGAUUUUAAAAUAGUGUCAGCCUAGUGUUAUUUAUUAUACAGUAAGCAGUAGAGAUUUUAAUGUAACGAUUUAACAGAUGCGUAUGAAAAUGUUCCUAAAAAAAAAACAAGCACUUUGUAGCACUUCUGUUGAUCGAAAGUGAAAUAAA